GGUCGCUGGUGGCCGUACCGUUGCUGUCCCGAGGCCUGGGCGUCUCCGACAACUACCUGGCCAUCCUGGGGGCCUUGGCCUCCGUCGCCGACUACACCUUCUACGGCCUCGUCUCCAAGAACGCAGAGUUCCUCGUCUGGAUAGCACCUGCGGCGGCGCUCCUUGUUAACUCCUGUGUCAUCGCUAUCAGGUCCAUUCUCUCCAAGUUUGUGACGGGAGAUGAGUUGGGCAAAGUCUCGUCGGUGAUGGGGGCUCUGGACGGAGCUAUAGCUAUGGUCAUCUUCUCCCUCUACACCGCCAUCUACCACGCCACGGUCCACGUCUUCCCCGGGGCCCAGUUCUUCUUCGGCGCCGCCGCUAAUCUCCUCAUGACCCUCAUAUUUAUCUUCAUCAUAGCCUCUUCGACCUCCAAAAGUUACAGCGUCGACGACCUCGAGACUUCGGAGGGUAAAGACGCCGCCGUCAAGCCCACUUCGCUGCGAUUCUUGAGCGAGAAUCACACCAGCCACCUGGCGGCAGCCGCUGACAAUCCUCACGACCUGGACGCUCAGCGAACCUCCCUUGUUCUCUCCGACGUCAAUUUCCACAUUGCCACGCCUCUGAAGAAGAAGAAAGAUCUCAAACCGGCGAAGAAGGAGCAGAAGGCCGGCAGCAUAGUCCUGUCUACCGUGAGCGAGAAAUGUGAGUUCGAUAGGAAGGUCGUUGAAGAAGAACUAACUUUCCCCCAGAAGCUCGCAUCUAGGCGGUCUCUGCAGCCUAGGAAAGACGAACCUACCGGUGUUGUUAAUACCUCGUUGACCACUGGAGAUGAGAUUGUGGCUCUCAACGGAGGCCAGGACCAGAGCGAAGUGGUUCUUAGUCCGGGUGAUCUCGUGGCAAGAACUGAGGCGAAGUAAACACAUCGAGUCAAAACUAACCGACUCUUUACCUAUAUCAAGAGUUUUGGUAUGAUCGAUAUACCAGCCGACUCUUUACCUAUAUCAAGAGUUUUGGUAUGAGCGAGAUAGGAGACUUCCUUCGCCAGAGCCCACGAAGAGCGGCAUAUGGCAGGCUUGGGACUGACGAGGAUAAUGAAGAUGAAGAUGAAGAUGAUGAUGAUGAAGAUGAUGAUGAAAACAGUCCUGUGAUAAUUAUUGUAAUUCUCGACACGUGGCUGUGCGUUCUAGUACUGCCGCCAAUUCUAGCACCUCCCACAACGGUAUUAAUCUAACCUAUCACGACAUUCAUUAAACACAUGCCGACUAAAUGCUGAUAAUUCUUUUACGUACAUGACAGUAGCCUAGACGUACAUAUCGGUACCGCCUACGUACACAUCGGUAGAUAUUACGCACACACAUCUGGAAUAAUGAAACGUCCACAAGUAUUGUUGACUUACACACCAGAGUACCAAUUUGCACAUCGUUAAUACUCACGUCAAUACCAUUAGUAGUCUGGUUCCAGCAACGUCAGUACUGAUUGCAUGUUUUCUUAAACCACUUGUGACUAUGAAGCAUGAAUGCAUAUGCUGCCCUGUCUAGCUCUGCAUGACCAUGGAAGCAUUGAUGCACAUGGUUCCGCUCAAGUCCCAGUGUAGGCAGCAAUAAUCCUUCUUACAUGGUUGAAAAAUGCCAUAAUUCCUUUUCCUAUUUCCAAGAUUUUUAAGAACCAAUUACACCUGUUAUUUAGCCCCAAAACUCUCGGCUCAUUGAAUGACUGGAGAUACAGUCUUCGACAUGAAGAGACGAUGACAUCAGUUAAUGACGUCGAUACAAGUCUUGUUUCUAAAGAAGUGGAAAAAUAAUUGAAGCUCUUAUGAGCUUGACCUGAAGGCCUCCUUCUCUCAGUGAUUGAUGGUCCAGAGGCUCUGGGACUGUCCCUUCUGGUCCAGAGGCUCUGGGACUGUCCCUUCUGGUCCAGAGGCUCUGGGACUGUCCCUUCUGGUCCAGAGGCUCUGGGACUGUCCCUUCUGGUCCAGAGGCUCUGGGACUGUCCCUUCUGGUCCAGAGGCUCUGGGACUGUCCCUUCUGGUCCAGAGGCUCUGGGACUGUCCCUUCUGGUCCAGAGGCUCUGGGACUGUCCCUUCUGGUCCAGAGGCUCUGGGACUGUCCCUUCUGGUCCAGAGGCUCUGGGACUGUCCCUUCUGGUCCAGGGAGGUGUGGGACUGCCAGCUGGGUGCAGGUAUCAGGCGGGCCCAGUACAACACCGUCCACUGCCCCCAGCGCACAAGAGACGGUAGAAACAAACUUAUAUACAAAUACCUUCAUUAGCUUUUUUUAUGGUAGUUAGUUUUUUGUACAUAUAGAUAAUAAUAAUACUGAGGUAGGGGGAAGGGGAGCGUGCCUCGCUCAGCCUGAUUCACCAAAGUCUAGUCAUAGACUGAAUGCUUAGACUUUUCAACUGCAAGUUUCACUAGUCGCGUAGCUAGCAACCUGAGUUACCAGGACGCUUAUGUAAGGUAUAUGAGAGUAAGCUUGUAUAAGGUAUAUGAGAGUAGGCUUGUAUAAGGUAUAUGAGAGUAGGCUUGUAUAAGGUAUAUGAGAGUAAGCUUGCCUGUCCUUCACCACCUUAUCUUGCUAGCGUGUAAUUACUAUGUAAUUUGUGUUCAAUAAAUGAUUCUCCUUUGCGUCAAAAA